CAACAACAACAACAACAACAACAACAGCAACAACAACAACAACAGCAGCAGCAGCAGCAACACAACAGCAGCAGCAGCAACACAACAGCAGAAAAAGAAGAAGGUACAAAGGAAGAAGAGAAAGCACAAGAAGAAGCAGCAAAAGAAGAAGGACAAGGGAGAGAGACAUGCACAGAGGAAGGAGAAGAAGAAACACAUAUACAUGUCCGUAUAU